AUGGGAGGUCUGCUUAAGAGGUCCAAAUUGGGCUUGGAUAAAGAACAGGGAAUGAUUCACCUGGAAAUCAGCAUCACAGAAGGAAGGUCGCAGUACAUAACUUGUAAACUCCAGAACUGCACAGAAGGAAACAAGGGCAAGCCAUUCCCUGGAUUUAUCAUCCCCAAUUCUCUGGUUGUUCAGGAUGAAUACGUUUUCAUCCAGGUGCCGAUAGGGAUCCAAUCUGUCCAUUACGUGUCCUAUAAAAGAAAUGCUUUCUACCCAAUGAAGCUUCCCAAGUACACAGUGCCAAAGGACCUGCAGAUCAUAAGCACAGACGAUAACCAGGUGGUAGCGGCGAUCCAGGACUGGCACCAGAACGACUCGUACCACCUGUACAUGUCGGAGUCCAGGGGCCUGUUCUUCACACUGAUGCUGGAGAGUGUGGUGAGCAGCGGAGGGCCAGAGGGAAACAUCAUGAUAGACCUGUACGAGAUCACAAGGAAACUGCAGCACCUCCAGAUGACACCACUGAUGGAGAGGACCACAGUGCUGCACCCAGCUGUGAUGAAACAAAGAAAGAAAGGCAGGCUAUCCGUGGUGUUCAGGCAAGGAGGCACUUGGGAAGGAAGCGCAAAGCUGAAGCUUCAACGUCUGACUACUCCAGAGAGGAGAUCAAGCUCCGAGGAGACCGAGUCCUCUGCAGAGAGGCCCAUGGGGAUUGAGCACUCUCAAGAGACACCACAGAUUGAAGUUAUAAAGGGGUCUGGGGUGUUUUGCCAGGCAGAAGCGUGGAAAGCAGCCCGCCUUGCCACCUCUGCUACCGCCAUGGUGCGGAAUCUGCUGCUGGGCACCUUUGAUCUGGAGACUUUGCUGAAAAGCAACCUGAAAGGACCGAAAAAAACCAUCCGUGCCCUGGCCUUAGAACGAAAACUCAAGUACAACAAGGAAGUUGCGAAAGCUCAAGAAAACGAGCUGCAGCGGAAAAUCGCACAUUUGGGGAUCGAGAUGGAGGGGUACAAGGCCACUCUUCUCACCAAAGACCAGCAGGUGGCCUCCCUUCAGAAAGAACUGAAAAAGUCCUAUGCAACCAUCAGGGAGUGGGAAGAGUUUUACAAAAAGUCUUUUCCAGCUAAAAUUACCCCUGAAAAUGCAGAGUUCUAUGAGUGGAAAUUGCAACAAAUGAAGGAAAAGAGAAUCAUAGAUGACCAGAAUCACAAUAAUCGAGUGUUGGCGGAUUUAGAGAAAUAUAAUGAAAACCAGGACAAGUUGAAGAAGAUUAUUGAAGAUCUAACAAAGAAGUUGGACGCAUCUCAGGCGGAUCUGGAUGUAACUUGCUCCAGAGAAAGAGAUACGCAGAUGUCUUUAAACAAAGCCAUGAGAAAAAUCCAAGAGUAUGAAAAGGAGCGCGCUAUACGAGAACAAAUCCUCAAGCCUGGGGGGUGCAGGCUCCUCCGGGGGACAAACUGGAGCAAGCUGAAAGAGCAGGGGCCUCACUUCAUUACUGUACACACUCAGACAUGUGCCGUGGUGAGAUGGUUUCGUUAUGUCACUCUUCUCCUAUGGCAACAGUGA